AGGAAGUUGAUUGCAUUGCUGGUUUUGCCAUAGCCAAGUCCAGCUAGGUUUGCGUCGGCAGGAUGCGCAGUGCUCCGCAGGGUUGCAACGUCGCUCCUCUACUUAUUGAAGGUCCUUGCAUCACUAACAGCGUAUCUUCAGCAACCUACGUUCGAAGCGAAACUAACUAGUAGUGCAUAUUUAUCUACGAAUCAGGCGAUUAGGCUGAAUUUACGGUGUUUUGGGGUGAUCUGGACAACUAUUGAGGAGGUUGCGGUAUCAAGGUCCAUGUCCUCCAUCUGAGAGUUGUGAGCGGAGAUAUCUGGGAAAGUCCGAGUUUAUUCGAAAGUUGCUCCGGUUUGUCAAAACACCUUGACAGUUUGGUUAGCCCAAACUUCAGGAAGGGAAGUUGCAUAGGAUAACUUGAAAAGGGACGGGUCAGGGUUAGCAACAGGUGAGGACAGCGUUGUAUUAACAGCGCGACUUCAACAUCUUAGUUCUACAGCAACAAGCUUGACAUGAAGUUGAGUUAUUAGUUGUAAUAUAGUGCGCGGCUGAAGCAAAAUUCCAGGAGGCGAGGUUAUGCAGUUGUUAGAGGACGAUACGACGAUGCUGUCCACUGUAGAAGCGUCAUUUCUAGCCUGUAGGUGAUUACCAUAGUUCUUACCCAGGAUAGUAAUUGUCAUUGUACCAGCACGGAAGAUGAAGGGGCCCAGGAUGUAUUCAGGGUUGCUGGUUUUAACCAGCCUGCUGAUGCUGUUUGCGACGGCGAGAGCAGUUUCAGAUCCCACAGAAACGGCUGCACUCCUAGCUUUCAAGAAGAGCAUCGGCGAUACAGAGGGGAAGCUAUCGAACUGGGAAGGCAAUGACCCAUGUGGACCUCCGGCAUGGGAAGGCAUUACUUGUGCUCAAAAUGUUACCAUUGCAAAUAUUUCCCAUGUCACAGAAAUCCAUUUGUUUUCCUGCGGUCUCACAGGCACGAUUUCUCCCCAAAUUGGCAAUAUGACGUACCUGAAAACAUUGGGCCUGAUGAGAAAUAGGAUCAAAGGCAGUAUUCCACCAGAGCUCGGAAAUUUGAAAGCCAUCAUUCGCCUACUUCUGAACGAGAACGAAUUGACGGGGCCAAUUCCACCAGAACUUGGUAAACUUACGGGUUUGAAUAGGCUUCAGCUUGACGAGAACUUUCUCAACGGCACAAUUCCUCCAAGCCUUGCUAACCUCACUAGUCUCAGACACAUGCAUCUCAAUAACAACUCACUCACUGGACCAAUCCCGACCGAGCUUUACAGCAACACCUCUUAUCUCCUACAUGUGCUGGUAGACAACAACAACUUGUCAGGUCCGUUGCCUGCGGCUCUCGGAUCUCUGCCGCAUAUUCUGAUCUUACAAGUGGAUAAUAAUCCUCUCAUUGGAGGCACUCUUCCAGUUGAAUGGCUCCAGAAUCCUUCGCUCAUAAAAUUGAGCGCAAGGAAUUGCUCACUGGGAGGACCAAUCCCUGACCUUGUUUCCGCCACAAAUUUGACUUAUUUAGAUUUGAGCAAGAACAAAUUUGAGGGUUCUUUUCCGAGCAACUUCUCUUCGAAGCUUGUAACCAUUACUGUUUCGGAGAAUAACCUCGUUGGGGCAAUUCCUGCCACAGUCGGAGGUCUUCAAGAUGUUCAAGCCUUGCAGUUUGCUUACAACAGUUUCAACGGGUCAAUCCCCGACACUCUGGGAACUGCGGCAAGCUUCAAGAAUAAAAGCCAGCAGACUGUUCUAGACCUCCGCAACAACUCGCUCACCGGCAUAGACCUCAAAACUACCCAGGCGGGCGAAACAAACGAGAAUAUGACGAUCAGACUCUUUGGAAAUCCGAUAUGUGAAAACGCCAACUACCUUGCGGAUAAUUAUAGACUGAAGUACUGCGUAGAGCAGAGUAACCAAACGGUGAGAGACCUUGCCACUGGCAGUACAGCGGGAUGCGCGCAGUGCGACCUUCCCCAGAUGGCCGUGCUUGAAUCUUCUGGAAAAUGUCGUUGUGCGAAGCCUAUUGAGAUGGAUAUCCGACUGAAGAGCCCGAGCUUCACCUUCUUCAGUCGCUUCAAAAACGAGUUCUACUCUCUGGUUACGAAUGUUUUAAGAAUCUCCGAAUCGCAUUUACAGAUUGGAGUUUUGGAAUGGCAACCAGGCCCUCGUUUGUUCAUGGUGAUCUAUAUCUUUCCCCUGAACGAAACAUUCAGCAGAACGGAGUAUGAGCGGAUCUUCAAAAUUGUUGCCAAUUGGGAGAUGUCGGCUGGUUCCGAAUGGUCACUCUCCGUGAUCGGUCCUUACGAGCUGCUGUAUUUCACAGAGGUGACGAAGGAUACUUCGAAAAGCUUUUCAAAAGGUGCGAUUGCUGCAAUUGCCGUGGGAUGCUUCGUUCUGGCUGCUGCGCUAUUGGUGUUUGCAUAUUUGUGGUGGUAUCGCAGGCGCUGGACCAAAGUACCGGCGAAAAGCUUUGCUGAGAGAAGCCUGGCGUUGAUGCCUCCGGGUCUAAAGCUUGCGGGAGUGAAAGCGUUUACGUUUGAGGAAGUUCAGAAGGCAACAAAUAACUUCCACGUCGACUCCACGCUUGGGCGAGGCGGCUAUGGCCAUGUGUACAAAGGCCUCCUUCCCGAUGGGACAGUAGUUGCCGUGAAGCGAGCUGAUGGAGGAUCUCUUCAGGGCUCAGAGCAGUUUUAUACCGAGAUUGAGCUGCUAUCUAGGGUUCAUCAUCGAAACCUCGUUUCUCUAAUCGGCUUCUGUAACGAUCAGGGAGAGCAGAUGUUGAUCUAUGAGUUCAUGCCGGGGGGAAAUCUGCGAGACCAUCUCAUCCCCACUGAGAUCUUGGACUACGCAACUCGCGUGCGAAUUGCACUUGGGACUGCCAAGGGUAUUCUUUAUCUUCAUACCGAGGCUGAUCCUCCAAUUUUUCAUCGUGAUAUCAAGGCGAGCAAUAUACUGCUGGAUCACAAGUUGAAUGCGAAGGUCGCCGACUUCGGCCUCUCCAAACUAGCUCCAACUCCAGAGAUGAGUGGUAGCACUCCUGAAGGCAUUUCGACCAACGUCAGGGGCACUCCGGGCUAUUUGGACCCGGAAUACUUCAUGACAAACAAACUAACGGACAAAAGCGACGUCUACAGCUUUGGUGUGGUAUUGCUAGAGCUGCUGACUGGCAUGUUGCCCAUCGCUCAAGGGAGGAAUCUCGUACGAGAGGUACAAGACGCCGUGAGAGACGGCAAGUUCAAGGACCUUGUGGAUCCGUGCAUGGGAUCCUACCCACCCAAAGGCGUCGAGGCGCUUCUAGACCUGGCGGUUACCUGCGUGGACACGGACAUGGACAAACGACCCCAAAUGGUGGAGGUGACGCGCGACUUGGAAACAAUCUUGCGGGACACUGUCGCACCGGAAUCCCCAAGUGAGUGGGCCAAAAGCGACUCGUCAGCCUCCGCCGACUCCUCCUUCAAAAAAGCCUCGGACAGAUGGCCUCCGAAGAAGAACGCCACCUUCCAACACGACAUGUCUUGGACAUCGACCGACGAUCUCAUGACAAGCCGUUCUAGAGACACAAUGCAAUCAUCCAUAAGCAUGGAGAUGAAACCACGAUGAGCUCGCCCGCUUUCCUGUGUGACCGUUCUCUUCGACGCCAAGCCACGACUCUUCUCACCAAGUCGCCGCACUCCCCAACUCCCAAUUCCCUCCAUCCUCUUCGCACAGACACAACAACCCAAUUGUAAUGGAUAGUGUCUCCAAUCCAGCCAACAUGCGCAUGAAUGUUGAUCGUUCGACGUUGCUGGGCAGCCGAAAGAGUUGUACCGCGAUUUCUUCGCAUACUGCUAUGCUGUACCAUUCUAUCAAACAAAUCUUCUUCUUCAUCCUCUUCAUCAUCAUGGAUUUGUGUCUGUUGUUUUGUUGUUCUCGGGAUCGUUCUCUUGCGAUGUCCAUAUGGAUCUGGACAUGUUGCGGUGUUGCGCCGCCGCUGGGGUUGAUUGUUUCUGAGACCUCGAGGUAGUCGACGGCGCUGGUGGUACUAGGAAUAAGCUUGACAGACAGAUCGGUAGAUUUCUAUACGUAGAUUGAUUGUUAGAUUGGUGGAUGCGUGGAUUGAUCAAUUGGUAGAUAUACAUACCUAUGGAUCGAUCCAUCUGUAGAAUGCUGAGCGAGCGUUGCGGGAGUGGAAAACAAAUUGAACUUACAUGGCUCUAUAUGUAUAUAUAUAUUUUAAAGGAAAAAACAAAAACAAUAUGAAUCACAUUUUA